UGAAGGGUGGGACGCCAGGCAUUGAAGGUGACCUCAACACUAUCGCUUCUGCUGUGAGUCUUGUCCUGCUAAGAGCCUGGCUAAGCGCACCAACACUCCCUCCCACGAAGUAAAAGUUACCUGAUCCUAACAGCACAACACGCUCAUCAGCACAGCAUAUUUUUCCCACUAGGCCAACAAUGAAGAUCUCGGCGGGGGUGGCUGUAGUGGCGGCGGUGGUGGCGGCAGCGAUGGGCGUGGCGGUGGAGGAUUGGCCGGUGGUGACGGUGAGCGGCGGGCUGGUGCGGGGCGCCAACACAACCGCAUACAACAUCACGUACCUCGAGUUCCUGGGCAUCCCCUUCGCUACCCCGCCCAUUGGCUCACUCAGAUUCAAGGACCCCCUCCCUGCCGAGCCGUGGGAAGGGGAGCUGGACGCCUCCACGUUGCCGCCGCCCUGUGACCAGCUGGCUGUGGUGGGCAAGGAGGACUGUCUCUACCUCAACGUCUACACCCCCGAGGACGCCCUCUUCAUCGACUACCCAAUGCCCGUCAUGGUGUACAUUCACGGCGGAGGCUACUACGGCGGCGGCUCCUUCAACUACCACGGCUUCCAGGAGUUUGUGUCCCACGGGAUGAUUGUAGUGUUGGCGCAGUACCGGUUGGGCCUGUUCGGGUUCCUGUCAACGGAGGACGCGGAAGCCCCAGGUAACCAAGGCCUCAAGGACCAGACGCUCGCCCUCCAGUGGGUGCAGGACAACAUUGCGGCCUUCGGGGGUGACCCAACGCGAGUCACCAUCUUCGGCUCCAGCGCAGGGUCCACCUCAGUCCAGUUCCAGAUGUUGGCUCCGUCCGCCGCAGGGCUGUUCAGCGGCGCCAUCAUGGAGAGCGGUUCGGCGCUGAGUCCGUGGGCGACAGGCCGGGACUUCCUCGCCACUGCCCAGACUGUUGCCGAAAGGUUCGAUUGUCCCACGCUGCCCACCGCUGACCUCGUGGCCUGCCUCCAGACGGUCAGGGCUCACCAACUGGACACCUCCUACUUCUCACUAUAUGACUGGAACCUGCAGCCCUUCUACUUGGCGCCGCGUGUGGACGGGGAGUACCUGCCUGAUGAGCCCGCCACACUGCUGCAGGAGGGCCGCUACCACCACGUGCCAACCAUCAUGGGGGUCAACAGGGACGAGAUGGCCAUGGAGACUGUUGAGAUGUAUGCCGUCCCCAGCAUCAUCGACAGCCUCCUCGGGAACUUCAGCGUCUGUGGGCCAGCGAGCCUCCACCUGCACCCUGACGAGGACCCCAUCAACACAACCCUUACCGUCUACAAUCACUACCUUGGAGGGCUUAACAUCACCAAGGAGAAUAUCGACAACCUAACUAAGAUGUACACUGAAAGACUGUUCCACAUCCCCCACGACUGGACCACUCAGGUGAUGAGCGGCACCAAUGUGGUGUACACCUAUGAGCUGCACCACCGUGGGGAACACAGUUUCUGUAAUCAGUUCGUUGAUGAUGAGCAGGACUUGCCACAGGCAUACACCUACAUUUCUCACGGCGACAACAACCAGUACCUCAUGUACCCAAGGUAUGGUGACCUGCACACACCUGAGGACCAGACAGUGGGCCACUUAUUUACCUCUAUGUGGAUCAACUUUGCUAAUGCUAGGAACCCCACGCCAGACGACUCCCUGGGCUUCACUUGGGAGAUGACAGAGCCAACAAUGUUGUCACACCUCAAGAUCCUGCCUGAGCCCUUCAUGGAGACUGACCAGCGGGCGGAGGCGCGAGCCUUCUGGGAGUCGUUGCCACUCAGGAUCAACAGCCUCCUUAACCAUUAAAAGG